GAUAUUAUAAAAUGGAAUAUAGAUGUACAAAUGUUCAAAUUACAAUUUAUUUUCACAUCAUUUAUUCAAUCGGAUUAUCGAAUUGAUAAACUGUAUUUCUUAGAAUCAUUAUUUUUCUCUUUAUUAAAAGUACGUUUAAGUUAUAGUUUUAUAUUGAUUAUCAUUAUGAUAUGCGAUAUCUGGUUUACUACCUCUACAAAAUUGUUAGUUAAUAAUUCUAUUGAUAACCGGAUGGUUAAUAAUAUUGUAGAUAAAGAAUUAUCUGAAAGAUUAGUUAUCAGAUCUUCUUCUAUUAUGUAUGAUAAUUUACAAUCAUCUAGUGUUGCAAGUCCUAUCACUUUUAAUGUAAAUGAAAAUACACCUAUUGGAACAAUUAUCGGUUAUAUACCUGAAUUAAUUUAUCCUACACCUUUAGCAAACAUAAAAUUCACUCUUCCGCAUAAUACAUUUUUUGAAAUUGAUUAUAAAGGUGCUCUACGUGUCAUUGGUGAGUUGGACAGAGAUGAUAAUCCAUAUUUAUGCCUUGAACCUGGUUAUCCACAACAUUGUAUAUGGAGUAGUUUUGCUAUUACAACCGAUGGUCAAUACAUAGGAUUACGUAUUACUGUUAAUGAUUUAAACGACAACAUUCCUAAAUGGCCACAAUCAUUUAUUUUGAUCAACGUACAAGAAGAAAUUAAAACAACACAAACGUUUGAAUUGCCUUUAGCCAGUGACCCGGAUUAUGGCAUAAACUCAAUACAAGAGUAUAGACUGAAAACUGAUAAGAUGGAAUCGAAAUAUUUUAAAUUACUGGUGGAAAAACAUAGCAUGGAAAAUUUAAGUUUAUACAACUUUCAUUUAGUAUUAAAUGUUAUUGAGUCAUUGGAUCGUGAAAGGCAAGCUUGGUAUAACUUAAGUCUGUUGGCUAUCGAUGGCAAUAAACCAUAUCAUACAGGUACGUUGAAAAUAACUGUUCAUAUAACUGAUGAAAAUGAUCAUACACCAACAUUCCCAAGUAAAAUGUAUCAAGCUGUAAUAUCCGAAGACUUAGAAAUAGGAAGUGUGAUAUACUUAACUGAAAACAAUCGAACUUUCGACAAUGUUGAUCCAUUAGGGAUUCUAAGUGAUGAUUCAUCAUCUAAACUUCGUACCAAAAACCAAUUGCAUGCUACAGAUCCUGAUGAAGGCUUAAACGGUGAAAUUGAGUACCACUAUGCUGCUUCAACACCAAACUCUGUCCUUGAAAAUUUUGAGUUAGAUAAAAAUACUGGACUCUUGUAUAUAGCUCGGACGUUAAAUUACGAUAUUGGACCAAAUGAAUGGAAUUUUCAAGUAAUCGCAUCAGAUAAAGGACGUCCACCUAGAUCAAGUACAACUACGGUACAAAUCAGUCUGAGCGAUGCAAAUACUCACUCACCAACAAUCAAGCCACGUAUACAAUUGUCAGAAAAUUAUAAGCAACAUUUAUCUAGAUUGAACAUUAGUAUUACAUCAAAUAAUCAUAACAUAUUACACAUUCCAGAAAAUGUUCCUCAUACAAAUGAUGCACUGGUUGUUUUAACAGUAAGUGAUCAAGAUACUGGGUUGGGUGGUUCUUUUGAAUGCAACUUGAAACCAAAUGAUAUGAACAGAUUUGUUAAAAGCAGUAUUUUGUCAGAUAUACCAAGUUAUCCUGACCAUAAAGACCAUAUUACAAUUCAGUCGUUAACAGAACAAUUCUAUUUAAAUUUCACUGGGAAAUUACCAAGGUGGAAAAUAUAUAGUAUAUACGCUACUACAACAUUCGAUCGUGAACUUGAACCUACACAUCUGUUGCAUAUCGUAUGCACUGAUGAAGGGACACCAAAAAUGACUUCCACAUAUACACUUACUGUGAUUAUUGAAGAUGAAAAUGAUAAUGCUCCAGAAUUUACUGAAAAUCAGUAUGAAAUUCAUGUUAUGGAAGAAAAUCAACCGAACUCUACAGUUGGUAGAAUUGUAGCCAUUGAUAAAGAUGCUAAUCAAAAUGGUAAAGUUAACUAUAAAAUACAAUGGCCAAAUCAAUAUAAGCAGUAUAACAACUUAUUCAUACUAACAGAACAUGGAAAGUUAAUUGCCACACAAAGUUUGGAUAGGGAACGUGUCCCAAAUGGAUAUAAAUUUACGGUAGUUGCAUUUGAUUCAGGUAUACCAAGUUUAUCGACAAGCACAAAUGUCCAUAUUAUUUUGGAUGAUAUUAAUGAUUGUAUACCAAACUUUUCUCAAUCGGAGUACAAUUUUACUAUAGUUGAAGAUUUUAUGCAAAAUUAUACUGGACCAAGAAUUAUUGGCAUGGUGGUUGCAACUGAUUGUGACAUUGGAUUGAAUAGUAUGCUAAUCUACUCUCUUCUUGAUCCCGGUUUACCUUUUGAAAUCGAUUCCCAUGGUCUUUUGAAAACAAACCGUAUUAUAGAUAGAGAGUCCCAAUCAAUUUAUCAGUUUACAGUUCUAGCUACUGAUGGUGGAGUUCAGUUAGAAAACAGAUAUUUACCGGUAAAUUAUCAAAUUGAAGAUUAUGAAGAAGAAAUAAACGAAGUAUCAAAACAUAAAAUAACAUCACAAAAUAAAAAUAAUAUUCACACAUCUGCAGUCACUGUACGCAUAUUAGUAUCAGAUCUGAAUGAUAAUACUCCAAUAUUUGUGUAUCCAAACACAAGUGUUUUUAAGGUUCGACUUUCUGUACAUGAAAAAAAAGGAUUUAUAGUAACACGAUUAGUAGCUGUUGAUAAAGAUUCAGGUCGAAAUGGUGAGAUACAUUACAGUUUACUUAAAGGUGAUCCCAAACAUAUAUUUGGAUUACGUCAUGAUACAGGAGAGAUAAUUGUAACAAAUACUAUUCAAAAAUCUAAAGAUGUUCCCACAAUUUUAUCGAUUCAAGCAUCAGAUCGUGGAGUUCCACCGAAAUCUAGUAAAAUAGAUGUUCAGAUUAUUAUCACUGACUCACCACCAAUUGGUAGAAGUCUUGGUACACUUGAUGAAUAUCAGUUGGCUAAUUUAAAAUCACUUGGAUUAAUUGGUAUCACCGAAGUGGAUAAUACUGGAGCUGUUGAAUUGAAUAAACUAAUCAUGAUGUGUAUUGUUGUGUCAACAGCCAUAUUAUGCAUUAUAUUGAUUGUAACUAUUGGAGUGUUUGCUAAACGUACAACUUGUAAAAAUAUUUUCAACUCAAUAAAACAACGUCAAUCUGUAAAAAUGAGAAAGACAAGAGGAAAAAGUAACGUUCCUGAUGUUAUUUGUAAAGAUAAUGAUGACGAUAUUAAUCAGCCGGAUGAACUUCAAGAAGAGAUGAAAAACCUUAAAGAAAAGAAUUCAAUUGAAUUCUGUGAUGUUUUAUCUCAUGUACAAUAUAAUCAUUAUCAAGAAAUGGCACAAAAAAGUUCACUUAUUCCUAAAACACCAAAUACCCUAGCUAAUGCAAUCAAACUCGAUCAUUUACUUCAAUUUGUUAAAGAUAAUAAUAAUAAUAAUAAUAAUAUUGUUACUGGGGAUAGUGAUCUUUAUAAUAAUAAUAAUAAUAACACUAAUGAAGAUACUUUUUCUAAAUCUACAUUAACAAAUUUACACUGUGAUAAUAUAUGUUCACCUGAUAUAAGUAUCAGUUUACCUUCUUAUACAAAAAAUAAUUUUACUAAUGAUACAUUAUUUAUGGGACAUUUAGAAUGUAAUCGUUUAAUUACUACAGAAAGCGGUCGAGAAACGCAUAGUGAACGUUUGCCGACUUCAGUUAUAAAUUCUGUUCCAUACAUAUCCUAUACGCAGGAUGCAGUGAUGACUCUCCCUCAUGUAUGUGCUAUUCAUGGAGCACCAGGAACUGCAAUGAAGCUUCUCGCUCUUCCAUUAAAUGAUUCAUCAUACCUUGGUUGCUCUGAAAUGAACAGAAAUCUCUGCACCUCGUCAUUGAAUGACGCUCCUGUAAUUGAUUCAGAUGUCGAUUCUGGUCGUGGUGGCAGUGUAAAUAAUAUUGGUAGUUCACCAAACAGUGACCAAAUUACUCUAAAUCACAAUGUUUCUUCCCGUAAACCAAAUGCUACAGUAUUCCCGGUUCAUUAUGUCACUGGUAGUCUGAAUUUCAGUUUAAUUCCAGUAUCUGUAGCCACAAGUUUAAAUUUAACUCCAUCUACAUCAUCCAACCCACCUGUACUUUUACCUUUAUCCGAAGUACCAAAUGUCUCAACAGAAUCAACUUUAUUAAACCCUAAAAAAUAUUCUAAACUAACUGGAGAUAAAUUAAAAGUAACAUUUGCUGAGAAUCCUAAUGAAGAAGAAAUUUCAUCUCAAUUAACUAAUUCAUUAGAUGGUACAAAACCGAUAAUUCAUUAUCCUACAGUUUCACCUGACCCGGUUAAAAAAGACAAAGGCCCUUGGCGCCUUAUACAAUGUACAUCAAAUAAUGUUAAAUUAUAAUUUUUUAAAAAUGUACUUAAAUUUUAUUCUGGAAAAUCACUACAAAUUAUAAAUAAUUCUUUUUGAAUGUAUCAGUAAUUUUUUUAAUAAAGACUUAUUUCAUCAUCAGCUUAUCAAUUAUUUAUAUACCAUGUCUUCUUCAUCCCUCAAAAUAUAGUAUUCAUUUACUCUAUAACGUAGUAUCAUUUUACUUAAGAUUAUACUUAGGAAAUAUUAUUUGUAGUAAUGAUUUCGUUUGAAUGUAACCAAUAUCCUCUGUUCUAUGACAUUUAAUACAUAAUAUCAUUCUUUCGGCUUCCGUGCUUUCAUAAGGACUAGCUUUGUAGAGUUAAUACAAUGUUUUUGAGAGUUUUCAAUAUUUCAUAAAUCAAUUCCUUUCUCUAUCUUUAACUGUAAUCCAUGAUUAGCAGUUAAAGAGACGUGAUAUUUCGAAUUACUUUUCACUAAGUAAUUCAUUGUAUAAAAUUACUACUGAAUGUUGCAUAAUAUCAUUUUAUUUGAUUAGAACUUUUCUCUAAACUUCAAAACCAUCUGCUUGAUCAAGAUUCCAAUGUUUGGAUUAGCGUGAAAUCUUACGCUACUACACAUUCUAAGGACUUGUAAAGGAUAAAUUGAAAGUGUUGAUCAAAUGACAUGGUUGAGAAAACAUAAUACUCAUAAACAAAUGUUAGAUAGAUUGAAGAUAUCAUGAUAACAUUCAUUAUUAAUAAUUUCUAAUAACUCCAAAUACCAUUGAAGUUCAUCAUAGAUUUUAGUCAUAGUAGAACAUGAGUAAUAUUUACAUUGGGUUUAUUGAUCAUGAUAUUUCCUGGUUGAAUACGAUUACAUUUUCUGUUUAUUAAGUAAAUUCGCUAAUACGGUUAAAAUAUACAUAUUUCCUUCAUAAUGAAUGUUUUAUCAGACGGAACUAAUUGUUAUCAUUUAAAACUCUCGUUAUUCUUAUUUUUGGCAUUCAUUGUUGAAAUAAGCGUUGUCGUACAUAUAUACCUAGUAUACUUUCCAAGAAUUAAAUACAGGAUAAGUUUUUAAACAAUAUUCCUAAUUUGGUUUUAAGUUUUGUAGUUCCUAGUUAACCCAUUCAAAUAUAGGUUACAAAGCCUAAGUUAAUAAUCCUAAUACAAUCUCUUCUGAUGAGUUUUAUUUUACAUGUUUCACCAUAAUGCUACUGCAAUGAGUUAACAUUCUAUAGAUCAAGAUGUAAUUCAUUAACAUGGCUUACUGUUCAUCGGUUCUAUCAUAUAAAAUGCAACACAUAUCGGAUUGAUUUUAUGUACAUGAAUCACUAACUCCUCUAUGAGAUUCACUUAAUUCCACUGGUAUGGUGUAAAACAUAUAAUAGUUUAUUGAUCAACUGACUAUCUGACGUUAACAUAUUUCUGACAGAUGAAGUAAAUAUGCGUUCUUUAAUAGCUAUUUGACUUUUUCAGUAGUGUAAGCAAAAAAACCAUUUUCGAUAAGUAAGUAAUGAAUAAUCACAAUAAGUUAGUCAUUCUUAUCGUAUUAACAAUGCAAAAAGUAAAUAAGUUCCAGAUAUGGUUCCUAAUUUGCACAAUAGAUUACAUAAUGAAAGGGAUUCCACAGUUUUUUCCUUCAGUUGAAUGUAACCAGAUAGUCUUAGAAUCAUGUAAAAAUAUCAACGAACGUAGUUACACACUAAAACUUUAAAAAUUAAGCGCCGUACAAGAA